UCAAACCAUUUUGAAUUUUUGGAAAUGUCAAUCACCGUGUGCUUGAAGAAAAAGAAAAUAGGAUUCUAGUGAUGUGAAAACAAGGAAAAUCACCUUGAAAAUAGGACAAAAUUAAUUAAAUUAUCUUACAAAAUAGAAGAUUAAAUAUCAAAGAAUGGAUAGUGAUAGCAAAAGUGCAGUUUUUCCCGUUUCUCCGUCGCGUAUCAAGCGUGAAAAAGUGUCACCUCCACGCGAGGAAAGAAAAGCCCAAAAAAGUGAUUUUACUUCCUUUUUGGACACUCUUCUGGGCAUCGAGACGUCCACUGACCAGGAAGAUAAGAAGUCCGUGGAGCCACUGAAGAGCUCAGAUGAGAUUCUUACGGAACUAUUUGGGGUGUUCAAUGCAGCUCCACCGAAGAAAAUUCUCACAAAGACGGACAAGUCAAAGAAGAAAAAGCACAAGAAGCACAAGAAAAAGUCCAAAAAGAAGAAGAAGGAGGAUGAUAAUGAAAGUGAUAGUAGCUCUGAUACUGAACAAUCUUCUGCUGAGAGUAAGAUCAAGGCGAAGGUGAAGGUGGAAGAGAAUGGAGAGAUGAGGAAAAAGAGUAAGAAAAGUAGGAAGAAAUCGCCGGAAAAGACAGUAAAAACGGAGAUUCUGGAGAGAACUGAGGAGACUUCGAAGAGCUCAUCCUCAACGAAAAAGCAAGCCGAGAAGGAGAGUUCAAAGCAGAAGGAGAACGAAGGAAAAUCCAACAAAAUCGUCAUCAAGGACUUGAAGAAUAGUACAAUUUUAUCCGUGGCCUCAAAGGUGGAGAAAGAGAAGCCAAGGGAUCGUCAUAGCCGAGAAGGAAAUUCUAGGAAAAGACCUAGAGAAGAAUCGGAGGAUAAAAGGCGGAAGAAAGAAAAGGGCAUUUCGCUUUCUGAUUUUAGCAUCUCGGAUGAAGAGGAAUAUCUGCACAGGGAUUAUUCUCCACUUCGGAGUCGAGGGGACAAUCACGACAGUCUGGAGAGGCGUCGAAGGGACAGAACAACUCGCCGGUCAAGACAUGAUGAUGGCUUCAGGAGCAGCUACCGCAGUGACAGAAGUGCAAGGGAUCGAUUCUGGGGCAGCCGAAGAAGGGACAGGAAUGGUAGAUCCCGCUCGAGAUCUCGGUCGAGAUCCCGAUCACAGAAAUCUAGUGAAAAAAUUGAUAAGAAAAAACUGCUGGAAAUUGCGAGAAAGAAUGCAAUUACGAUGCUAAAGAAUGGAACUCUGCCUGGAUGUCAGAAUCUAGCUCCGGCUGACAAGGAGAUAGCCCUAGCAAAGAUGACUCACGGCGGGAAAUCCAUUGAAGAACUCACUGAAUACUGCAAGAAGCUGUCCAACGGAGAGACCCUCAAUGAUCUCUCCAGCGUGUCUUCAGCAGCUGAGGACAGUGAUCACGACAGGGAUGGAAACGCCAGGCCAUUCAAUCAUCCGUUUAUAGUAAAGGAUCGAGGACCGAUUGUCAUGAAUAUCAAGAAUUCGGUGCCCAUCCCACCAAAAACUGCUGAACAGACAAAGGCACUGCUGAUGCAAUUCCCUGUAUCUUCGGGGCAGCAUCAUCGUGCCACUGAAUCUGAAUGGGUACCGGUGUCACCUAAAAAACCUGAUCCUCCUGCUCCACCUCCGAAAGAGGUCAAAAAAUCCGCUCCAAUACCAGCUAAGCAACUCAGUCAGGCUUUCUAUACGAUACCCACUGAAGAAUUACCACCACCAACUCCAGCUCAACCUCCAGCAGAGCCGGAUACUGUGUUUCCGGAAGUUGUCAAAACGGUGAAGGGAUUAGAUGUGUCGAGUAUCAUCACUCAGAGGCUCAAUGCUAUGAGGAAACUUCAGGAAAAUCCACAAGAUCGUGAGGCACAGGAAUUGAUGCAAAAUACUCAGAAAGAUAUGUCUAAUUGGGCUACGUCAAAAUUCACUCCUGGGAAAUUUCUCGGUAGUACAGGAGCUAAUAUCUUGAGUGCAAAAGAAUUGCAAUCAGGCUUCCAAGCAUGGGCGAAAAGAGAUCAACUGAUUUGCACAGCACCUGUUUCUGGUGGCAUGGGCAUGCACUUGCUGCAGAAAAUGGGUUGGAGGCCAGGAGAGGCUCUUGGGAAAGAUAAAUCUGGUUCUCUGCAGCCACUUUUGUUGGAGAUUAAACUCGACAAAAGGGGUUUGGCUGCUAAUGAAGAGAAUCCUCAAAAUGUCAACAAGAAGAAGAGAAUGAAUGCUGCCCUCACAAAAGAAGCCAUGGAGCAGAAGCAUCCAGUGUCUCUUCUUGGAGAGAUAGCUUCCAAACGCAAGUGGUUGUCGCCAAUCUAUGAAGUUGUAAUGGAAAGUGGACCUGGGCAUCAUAAGAAUUUUCUCUUUAGGGUCACUCUUAAUGGGGUUUCCUACACUCCCCAGGCUCCUAGCAAUAACAAGAAGGAAGCCAAGGCAAAUGCUGCUCGUUCUUGUCUUCAACAAAUGGGAAUCCUACCAUAAAAUUUUGAGAAUAAAGAUAAUUUUUUCUCGUGUGAAA